CAGCUGACAGAAGGAAGCAAAGUUCUCUCCACAUAACAAAACAUCUCAGUGAAGUAAAACGGGGAGGGUAAAGGCAAAAACAAAAUAGGAAAGUUCCAGAAAUGGGCAUUUAUAUGGAAUCCUGUGCUCGACAAAAACAUUAUCAGAUUCAGAAGGGUAUUGCUCACAUUUGGCUUUUCACUCUGCUUCUUGAACUAACAGUUUGGGAAGGUGUUCAGAGCUGGAACUAUAGCUACUCAACAACAGAUAUGACAUGGCCCGAUGCCAGAAACUACUGCCAACAUUUCUUCACUGACCUUGUUGCAAUUCAGAACCAUGAAGAAAUUAACCAUCUGAAUACAGUGAUUCCGAGGAACCCAACUUACUACUGGAUUGGAAUAAGAAAGAUUGAUAACGUUUGGACUUGGGUUGGAACUAACAAAACACUGGAUGAAGAGGCAGAAAACUGGGCUGCAGGUGAACCAACUCCUGGUGCUGAAGAUUGUGUCGAAAUUUAUAUAAAAAGAGCAGAAGAUGCAGGAAGGUGGAAUAAUGAUCCCUGUCUGGAAAGAUCAAAACGAGCCUUAUGCUAUUUAGCUUCUUGCAAGUCAAAUUCAUGCAGUGGUCAUGGACAAUGUGUGGAAACUAUUGGAAAUUAUACAUGUCAAUGUUAUGAAGGAUUCUAUGGACCAAAGUGUCAAUCUGCUGUGAAAUGUGAAAUUCCAAAGAUCCCUAGAAAUGGGACCAGCACAUGUUCCCAUCCAAUUGGAAAUUUCAGCUAUCACUCAAUUUGUGACUUCGGAUGUGUGGAAGGUUUCUUGUUGAAUGGGUCAGCGAAUCUUCUGUGUGAGGCCUCGGGAAUGUGGUCAUCAUCAUUCCCAACCUGUGAAGUUGAACAGUGUACCACUCUCAAUGUUCCUGACCAAGCAACUAUGAGCUGCACCCAUCCUAAUGGAAACUUCAGCUUCAACUCUACAUGUGACUUCCACUGUGCAACAGGGUUUACACUGCAGGGCUCACAAAGGCUCCAGUGCAAUGCAACAGGAAUGUGGACAGCGAUAACCCCCUACUGUGAAGGUACCCUGAAGGAAUAUAAUUCAACAAAAAUUAUCAGCAUUGGUGUUGUUUCUUCGGUCUGCCUAAUUUCAGUGUUAAGUGCUGUCAUUCUCUUUCAAAAGAAAGUGAUGAAGAAAGGGUUCUCUCCUAUAAGCACAUAAAUAAACUGGCCAACUCCAAGACUCAACCAGAAAAGAAAGGGAGUGUUCGAGGGCUGAGACACUUAUUUUCUUCACUAGAAUUGGAGGAUUUUAUCACAUGACUCACUAGAAAAUGCAAUAUGUAUUCAAGUUGAGAACAAUACCACCUUUUAAAACAAUGGAAUGAGAUUCUGUUUAAAUGUGAAGGUGUGACAAUUAAGUUUCUGCAUAUUGUGAAGAGAGGCCAAAGUUUAUGUUCCACAUGAUCAGUCAUCACUGAGCAUUUUUGGAGAUCCUAGAAACUGCCCUAUAUCUCAUUAAAGCUUCUUAAAAUGUGUAAAAUAUUGGUAAAAUUGAUUUCCUUUAUUCACUAGCUCAUUUGGCUGAUAAGUGUGUAUGAAUGGGAGCUCAUAUUUUUAUUUUGCAUUAACAAAAUGCA